UUUUCAUUUGUCCGCACGUGAAUUUAGUGAGACGUAUUUCUCCAAAAUAAAAAAAAAUAAAAAAAAUAAGAAGUCAGACCUACGCAUAUCAUCGACAUCUCUGAGUGUCGUAGCCUCUUGGUUGUUGUUGGGAACUCGAGCUUUCCCUAAUCUGUGCUUAAAUCAAAUCUGGUCUUGAUUCUUGACAUAAAACGCGAAGUCCUAUUUAUCUCACUUUCAUGGCGUCGGCUACUUCGGGCAUCGAUCCUCAUCUUCUUCUUUCUCACAAAUUCCCUGAGGCGACAUACACCUAUUCCGAGAGAGAUGCGGCCCUCUAUGCUUUGGGUGUUGGAGCUUGUUCUCGGGAUGCUGUGGACGAAGACGAGCUCAAAUAUGUUUACCAUGAAAACGGACAGAAGUUUAUACAGGUCUUGCCAACAUUUGCUGCUCUAUUUUCACUUGGGUCUUUGCCAACAGGUUUGGAUCUACCAGGGUUGCAAUUUGAUCCACGUCUUCUCCUUCAUGGACAACAUUACAUAGAAAUAUACAAGCCGCUUCCUUCUAGUGGACGUAUACUUAAUAAGGUCGCUCUCGCAGGAUUGCAUGAUAAAGGUAAAGCAGCUAUUCUUGAGAUUGAAACAAAAAGUUACGAGGAGUCUGGUGGACUAUUGUGCAUGAACCGGAUGACUGCAUUUCUGCGAGGUGCUGGUGGCUUCUCAAGGUCAUCUCGUCCAUAUUCAUACUCAAACUAUCCAGCCAAUCAGGUUUCAGUUAUUAAAAUCCCAAAAAGUCAGCCUUUUGCAGUGAAUGAAGAAUGUACGCAACCAUCUCAGGCAUUACUUUAUAGACUAUCUGGCGACUACAACCCUCUGCAUUCAGAUCCUGUGGUCGCAAAAGUUGCAGGAUUCACGCGACCAAUACUGCAUGGAUUGGGCACGCUUGGAUUUGCAGUCAGGGCAAUCAUCAAAUGUAUCUGCAAAGGUGAUCCAAACAUGGUUAAAAGCAUUUCAGGGCGGUUCAUUUUACAUGUGUACCCUGGCGAAACUUUGAUCACUGAAAUGUGGCUUGAAGGCAAGAGGGUCAUAUACCAAGUGAAGGUGAAAGAACGAAACAGGAGUGUGCUGUCUGGCUUUGUGGACGUUCGUGGUUCUACUUCAUCUCUGUAAAUUAAUCAAGCAUAUCAUAUCAAAUUGCGCAGCGCCGGCCCGAACUUUAUAUUUGGUCUUUGGAGACGGAAUAAAUAUUAAUUGAUGUAAUAUUACAAUAUAUUUUGUUUAUGUUUAUAUUUUUUUUUGCUUUGCUUAAAUUAUAAGAUUAAGUAUAUAUGUACCAAAUAAUUUAUCAAGAUUGAUACAAGAAUCACGGGUGAAUUUGGGUGAA